AUGGACUCGUUCCGCCAGCUUGGCAAGAGCGGCGCAGCCAUUUGGCCGCCGCACAAUUUGGACGUGUGGAUCAAUAUUCAGCUCGAUAAGUAUAAUUCUGGUCUGGAUCUGAGGUUGCUGCUGCUGCUGGCCGCCUGCAGACAAUUCAAUCCCCCGACUGUGCACUUCGUUGUGCACCGACACAACAAACUGUACCUGUUCGAACAGGUUCAAUUACAGACACAUAUAUGUGAGUGGGCCCCCCCUACAUUCAAGGACAAAGAGGAGUGGAGAGAAAAAACACACCUAAGCACCUAA